GUCGUGAAACGCGUGAAGAGUAGUGAAAAUUUGAACGCAGACAUUCUGUCGCCAAAAGGGGGAUGUACUCUAGUUUUCGAAUCGUUGGGGCUGGUGUUGCUCGAUUCUGGCGCUGAGUGAGGCCCAACUCUUGCUAGUGAAUGUGAAUCGUGAAUUUAGGACUUGGGCUGCUUGAACACAUACACAUCGGCAGCAACGCGAACAACGUCUUCUCUCUCCACGGUUUAUUUGUGUGUUGGGGCCUCAAGCGCAAAAGGCAAAUAAAGAACCAGAGCGUUUCCGUUGUGUGAGUCAAUCUGUGACGUCACACGCGUGAAAUAUUCUAGCGCACACAUCGAUGCACGCGGGAUCGCGAAAGGGUUGCCGAUUUCAAUAACAUCUUGUUGACAUUUUAAAAGUAGUUUUAUUUAAAUUCUGAAUUGUGUGCUUAUACUUUCACUUAAAAUAAAGUUCUUCAAUUGCCUAUAGUAAAACAAUAACUAGCUUGAAGUUGUUAUUCUCAACAGUUAAGAAAAUAAUAAAUAUUUUGCCUAACCGUUUUUCAAGAACCUAUGGCUAAAUUUAAAAAUUGAAACUUGUUUUUAUGUGAUCUCUAACCUAUUAUGAAAAACAGACUAUUAAAUUCAAAAUUAUCACACAAAAAAAAAAUUAAUAUUUUCAUUUCCGGCAACCUUAUUCAAUCAUCUUUAGAGCGUUGCAUCAGUGUGAGUGUGUCCGAAGUUAAUAUUUUGAUGUAUUUAUUGGGAAUCGAAAGGAAAAUAUUGCAGUGCUGCCGCAGCGAGAAGAAGAGCGUGAAAUUUUUGUCACUUUGGUAGACGCUACCGAAUCCAGUUCUGGUCGUCGUGUGUCCUCCUUAGCUGGUUCAAUUCGUGGGGCCUGUAGAUUUUCGGGACUAAUUUGACGUUCGGGUUCCGGUCCGGUCCCUUUCGAAAAGCAGACUUCCGGUUUGCUCUGUGCCGAGUGAAAAGUGUUUUGUGGAGCGUUUGAAAUAACAAUAAAAAGUGAACCACAUUAUCAACGCGAUUGCUAGAAAAUCUUUCGGUACGGAUCGGCUCCUCUAGAGCCCCUGCUGAAGGAGGAGGCCAUUUCUCCGACAACCUUCAAAAGACAAAACCAACACACAUUGACUGAAUCCCGAUAGCUCGGGGAGUGAAGGAAGUGUCGAGCACGACAGGUUCAGCAGCAGGCGAUAGGAAGCAACAACUGUCUCGGAAGUAGCUCUCAUCACACAGCGCACAGGAAAUACAGAUUACUUCUUCGCCAUGGAUACUGAUGACGUGGAAUCCUCGAGCAGCAGCACGAUGUCCAGCCUGAACAGCCUGUUCUCGUUCACCAGUCCGGCGGUCAAGAAGCUGCUGGGCUGGAAGCAGGGCGACGAGGAGGAAAAGUGGGCCGAGAAAGCAGUGGACAGUUUGGUCAAGAAGCUGAAGAAGCGAAAGGGCGCCAUCGAAGAGCUGGAACGGGCCCUGUCCUGUCCCGGGCAGCCCUCCAAAUGUGUGACCAUCCCCCGAUCGCUGGAUGGACGAUUACAGGUAUCCCACCGCAAAGGCCUGCCGCAUGUGAUCUACUGUCGCGUCUGGCGUUGGCCAGAUCUCCAGAGUCACCAUGAGCUGAAGCCGAUCGAAACCUGUCAGUAUCCGUUUAGCGCCAAACAGAAGGAAGUUUGCAUCAACCCGUAUCACUACAAACGGGUGGAGAGUCCGGUUCUGCCACCGGUUUUGGUGCCACGGCACUCCGAGUUUGCUCCGGGUCAUUCGCUGUUGCCCUUCCAUCAGAUGAAUGAACCGAAUAUGCCCCACAACGUGAGCUACACCAAUUCCGGGUUCAAUAACUCCCACAUUGGUGGAGGCGGGGGUCCAAAUUCUCCCAUAUCUUCCCACAUGAGCCCGAAUAGUCCCAUUUCGUCGGUGUCCAGUCCGGGACCAAUCAAUUCCAAUCCACAAAGUCCGUACGGAUCAUUGCCAGAGACUCCACCUCCUGCUUACAGUCCACCGGAAGAUGGGAACAAUGUCGGAGGUAAUCAAGACAACAACCAGAUGGACACGAACCAGAUGCAUGGUGAAGUGGCCCCGGUAAGCUAUCAGGAACCUCCUUAUUGGGCUAGUAUAGCUUACUAUGAGCUGAACUGCCGCGUGGGCGAAGUUUUCCACUGUAACUCAACCUCCAUAAUCGUUGACGGCUUCACAAAUCCGUCGAACAAUUCGGAUCGCUUCUGCUUGGGACAGCUGAGCAACGUCAAUCGGAACAGCACAAUCGAAAACACCCGACGUCAUAUCGGAAAGGGAGUCCAUCUCUAUUACGUCGGUGGGGAAGUGUACGCCGAAUGUUUGUCGGAUUCGGCCAUUUUCGUGCAGAGCCGUAACUGUAACCAUCAUCACGGAUUCCACCCGAGUACGGUGUGCAAAAUACCGCCUGGUUGUUCGCUCAAAAUCUUCAACAACCAGGAGUUUGCCCAGCUGCUGUCCCAAUCGGUGAACCACGGAUUCGAGGCCGUCUACGAACUAACUAAGAUGUGCACGAUACGGAUGAGUUUCGUCAAGGGCUGGGGCGCCGAAUAUCACCGCCAGGAUGUGACGUCGACGCCAUGCUGGAUCGAGAUUCACCUACACGGCCCUCUGCAGUGGCUGGACAAAGUAUUGAUCCAGAUGGGAUCACCUCACAAUGCUAUCAGUUCGGUGUCGUAAGGAAAUGAGGAAAUUGUAUGGUUGCUGGUGUGAUUUUAAUCUAGAGCGUGUGACUGUUGUCUUCAUUUAGCGGAAUUUGCGUUAGUUUAGAGUACAAGUGUGAAACCCCCAUUUCUCUACUGUCCUGCUUCUGAAGGCCUUGACGAAUGUGAGUUAAAGUAGCAAGAAAUAUGUUAAUAUUAAGAUGAAGAUAUGCACCUAGAAAAACUCUGCCGUCUAUUGCAAACAUGAGUGUGGAGUGAAAGUUUUAGACAAGCUUAGCGUUUCUUUAGCAUGCAAUACAAAACGAUGCGAUUUUCCAUAAUGGUAAUCAUGCGGUUUGACUUCUUCAAUAUGCAACCCAAUAGAUUGUGAGUCAUUUCAACCGCAGAGCACUUUGUGGAUAGUAACGUAUACUAGAAUAAGCAAAAACAGUUUUUAAGCCUGCUAUUGAUUUCAUUUCUCCGCAAAUGUUCACACAAACAAAAUGUGAUUCGCUUACAUGAAAAAAAGUAUAAAUCAUAUGCAACAAUGGCACCGCGUUAUCCGAUUAAGUAUUUCAUAAAAGUGCAAUUAUUAUAGAAAAGAAUCAAAAUUACCGAUUUAUUAUUUUUACUGAACGUUAUGUUUCGAUCGCUGUUUUUUUAAUAUCUAGGAUCAAAUCAAAAUUUAACAUAGAUUUUAUUUUCCAACGAGCAUGGAUUUCGUUCUCAAAGAACCUAUUUUUAUUUGCUAAGUUUAUACUGUACCCCAGCCAAUUGAAACUGUCUUAAGCAAAAUGUGCCUCAUUAGUGCUGAUCAGUCUAUUAGAUUUGAAAUAGCAACGCCUUUUUUAACCUUUUGUCUAUCUCCACAAAUUUUAACUCGCUAGUCUCCUCUUACCGUGGCUUCAAAGCCAAAACGUUAUUCGUUCGAAUAAUAUUUCCAAGAAUGUUUUCAUCUCUUAUUCUCCUUAAAACCUUCAAAAACACUUCAUUACAAACACGUGUAUAAGAUUCUUAUUUGAGCAGCUUGUAAGAGGCUAGCGGCAUGAAAAAACUAACAGUUUCAAACAUUUUAAGAUAGUGAGGUGAUCUUUUACUUAAACAAUAGACACACGAAGUUGAAUUCACUAAGAACCAUAGUGUUAUAUACGGAGGCCUUCCAAUGAAUGAAAAAUUCAAGGAUACUUCUUUGAAGAUAUAGAAACUUUUAAACUGUGCCUAACGAAAGCAUACAACAGUGUUGCCAUACAGAUUUAUUUUACAAGGUACAUUUUUGUACGCGAUAUAUGCCUUAUUAUUACACGAUUCCAAUGCCGAGUGGUCUUAAGUGGUCCAGCAACGCUCUGGUCAUUUGUCUAGUACGCAUCUGACAUUUCGAAUGUGCUCUUUGAGGUUUUCUACAUCAGGAAAAAAAAUGUUUGAAUGCUAAACCACAACAGCCAAUUGAGUGCGAUUAAAAGUUUUUGAAGAAACAGUGCCUAUUACAUGUUUUUACCGCUUUUCAGAUUCACAUGUUUAAUUUUGAUAUUCAAAUGCAAACGUUAGAAGUAUGAAUGUUUCGAUGCAGUGUAUAAAUGUCUACGUAAAACAAAUCUAGAGCUAGUUAAAAUACAAAAAAAACCUUAUGGAUGUUUGUGUAUCAGAGGUAAAAAAAGAAAGAAAAUAAAAUAAAACAAUAAUACCAGAAGCAUACAAAACAGAACUCUAUUUUGCUCACUUAGUGAUAGGAAACAAAAAAAAAAACAUUAGGAAACUGAAACCGAUAACAGUACUGUUUUCGAUAUUGAAAAUAAAAAUCUAUUUUAAAAACAUGCCCACAUUUAGCUGAAACUUGAAACAUUACCGAUAUUUAGGUACACACUCCAGAACAAAACCAAUUCUAUAUCAUUCACAUUUAAGAAAGAGCGCGUAUGAGAAAUGGCAAGGUCAAAGUCAGAAGAUCCCCUAAAUGAAGUAAGCAAAACUGCAAUCAUCAAACAAACAUCAUUAUUUUGCGAUCUGGCAAACUAAUCGGAUUCGGCCGAAAUUGUGAGGCAACAAUUAUCCGACACAGUUGUCUUACUCUACAACAAUCCAAAAUUCUCAGAUAUAGAUUUAUGUGAAAAGGGGAAUAAAGGAAUACGAACAACUAGCUUGGUUAGCGCUAUAAGAUAGUAGUGUUCAAAGUUGCAAAAAGAGACAUUUUACUUGAUAAAGAAAUAAACACACAAACAAGUAACAACAAACAUACAUAUGUAUAUGACAGAUAGUUUUUGUGGAAGGAUCUAGCCGUUCAAAUAGAAAAAAAGACAGACGUCAAAGAUCAGAAACUUUACUUGAAAUCGUCUGCCUAGUAUAAGAGGCCGGUGUGUAAGAUUUUAGAAAGACAUGAUGUGCCUAUAGAAGUUCUUCAAAGUUUCAGGUCAAGAGCAAAUGCUAUUGAUAAAAUUUUUUUUCAACAAAAAAUCAAUACAAAUUGUUUCAAUAUAUAUUUAUUCUUUUGAAAUCUAAAUCUGUUUCUUUUUUUCAUUUCUUUUUUUUUCGUUUUACAACGUAUUCAAUUUUUAUACAUUGUAGGUAUUUACGAUCAAAUGAUAUUUUGUAUUUUUUUGGAUUUUUUUCUAUUGUCCAGUACCAAAAUAUCAGCUAACUAUUUUUGAAGGCACAUUUUGUCUCACCGAAUCAAUAAAAUCAAACGAAUGGCUAUAGAAGAAUAAAAUGGAAACUGCUAAAACUACUUACUUACUUUCGUGGCAUAUUAUUUUUAACACAAGUCGUGAAUCGAUUCAUUGCAACCUACAAGUAAAGUAAAACAAAUAUAUUGCUGUAUAAUAAACACUCAAGAGCAGAGAAAUCUUUAACCUUAAGGAUCUAGCAAAAAUCGUUAGUGGAAAAUGAGCAAAGAGACAAGUAACGGAAGUAAUUAUAGAAGAUAUUACCUAUUGAUAAAUGACACAUAUACAAACAAACAAACACAAAUACACACUCACUCACUCAUACGCUGACUACGGAAUCCAUCUUGAUCUCAUACGUGUUAGGUUUCCCCAUUUCAUACAAAACUUGUAUGUAAAUUUUGUUUGAAAUAUUACCUGAAAUUUUUUAUACUACUUCAAAGCCAGACUUCAACAGUUUCUUUAUUUUCGGCGCUAAAAAUCUAAAUUGAUCGAAAUGAUGAUAAAACUAAUCCUUAUUUUAAAAAUCCCGAACAUAUUAAAUUUUUCCACAAAACAGUUUUUGUACAAGUCGUAAUCGUAAAAACGGUAAACCGGAAACACACACUGGAGACAACCGAUGAUAUCGUUUCAUUGAAUGGGAAAUUUCAAACAAAAAGUGGAGGAUAAAAAUGAAGAUUCUGUAAAACUUCUGUGUAACUGAAAGGAAAAAAAAUAAAGAAGGAAUCGUCUUUGUGUUUACACAAAAAAUAACAACAGAGCGUUAAAUACACGGAAGGACAGACAGAGAGAAAUAAAAAUGAUAAGAUAUUGACAACCGAUUGCUGCAGCUGGCGAGGAAUGAUGAUGAUGGAGAGCGAAAUCCGAGAAACACACUAUAUCAUUUAAAAGUAAUUGAAACUCUACAUCGUAAGCAAAUGAUGGAAUAAAUCAAUAAAAAGUGUAAAAUGAUCCCGAA